UAUACAUUAAAAACUUAGAAUAAAAUCAAGAGUCUAUAUAGGAAUAGGAUCAUCUAUUUCCUUCAGAAUCAGCUUCAUAAUCACGAUCUUCCCACGAUUAUUGAGGGACACCCCAUUAUCACGUGACACAUCCUUUUUCUAAAUUACUACUCCGUAUUAUUUUUAAUUAAUAAAUAAAAAUAAAAUAAAAUACAAAAACCAGAUUUUCUGCUUUCUACAAAUUUGAGACAAGGCACUAUAAAUAAGUACGAACUAUUCACAAAACAUAACCCCAAAAAAACCCCAUACAAAUUAACAAUGCCCUCUCAAACCCCCGAGGUACUCGGGGAUCUCCAACAGCCGUUGAUUCUCCCGGCCAAUGGGAAAUCCAACGUCCCAGAGAAGCUCACCAUUGAUGAGAUGCUUCUUAAAUAUUGCGGUGAGUUCGGAAGGUGGCAGCUAAGACAUUUCGUUCUAACGAGUUUAGCUUGGGCCUUAGAGGCUUUUCAUACUAUGGUUAUGAUCUUCGCUGAUCGCGAGCCGCGGUGGUGGUGCACCGGGCCGGGCUGCAGCCCGGUCCAGGCCCAGGUUUGUGGGCUACCAUCGGGCUCGUGGGAUUGGGUUGAUGGGCCCGGUAGCUCGACGGUGGCCGAGUGGGGGUUGGUGUGUGGUGAGAAGUAUAAGGUUGGAUUGGUGCAAUCUUUGUUCUUCUUCGGCUGCAUGAUAGGAGCAGGAGUCUUCGGUCAUCUCUCGGAUUCAUCUCUAGGAAGAAAAGGCUCACUAACCAUAAUAUGCCUCUUGAACGGGAUCCUCGGUUGUCUGACCGCGCUUUCUCCAAAUUACGUCGUCUACACCCUCCUCCGGUUCUUGAGUGGUCUUAGCACCGGUGGGGUGGGCAUGUGUGCAUUUGUCCUAGCCACCGAGCCCAUAGGACCAAGUAAACGUGGGGUUGCCGGUAUGUCCACCUUCUAUUUCUUCUCAACGGGCAUUGCUCUCCUCUCCGGAGUUGCCUACAUGUUCCCAUCAUGGCGAUCCCUCUAUGUUGCAUCCUCGAUACCUUCCAUCGUGUUCAUCACAAUCGUUAUCCCUUUCCUCUCGGAGUCUCCUAGGUGGUACCUUGUACGAGGAAAAACCAAGGAAGCAAUGGAAGUCAUGCGUCAAAUGGCACAUUCUAAUGGCCUUAUUAUCCCAAAAGGCGUGGAGCUUACCCUAGACGAUAAUGCUAACAAGAACAAUGAUGUCGGAAUUCUUAAAGAGGAUUCAUUUCUUGAAGAAAAUGAGGCAAUGAAGGGCUCUUUAAUAGAUGUCCUAAAGUCACCCAUCACAAGGGUACGCCUUUACUUAGCCUUUAUGAUCAACUUUUGUUGCGCGGUUGUGUACUAUGGACUUAGUCUAAAUGUUGUUAAUCUCGACACCAACCUCUACCUCAAUGUACUUCUCAACGCGGUUGCUGAAAUGCCUGCCUUCACAUUAACCGCGAUUAUGUUGGAUAGGUUCGGAAGGAAGCCACUUACAAUAGGGACAAUGUGGUUUAGUGGGGUGUUCUGUUUGUUAGGGAGCAUGAUGAAGAGUUAUGGAAUAUGGAAGAAUAUACGUAUGAUAAGUGGUAUAUUAGGGAUUUUUGGUAUGGCAGGAACUUAUAAUUUGUUGUUUAUUUACACCGUAGAGUUGUUCCCCACGGUUGUACGAAAUGCUGCCCUAGGAUGUGUUACACAAGCGUCUCACAUGGGAGCAAUUUUAGCCCCGCUUGUGGUGGUGAUGGGUAGCACAUAUCCCUUCAUCGUAUUCUCGGUUUGUGGAAUCGUUGGUGGUUUGCUAGGAUUUUUUUUGCCUGAGACGUUGAAUCGGCCUUUGUAUGAUACCAUGGCUGGUAUGGAGGAGGGAGAACUGGAGAAGCCAGAUUUUGAGCCAUAAAUACAAUUUUUAGCAACUUAAACUAUACCCCCAACUUCUUCUUUCUUUCUUCUGGUGAAUGACUAAUAUAAUAUAGAGGAGUAGAUUUAUGUAGUAUGUAACAUCUUUUUGAUAGUUUUAAGUAUGUCUAAAUAAAUAAUUACCAUUACAAUUCAAAGGUGUACUCAUCAAUAGAGGAGUAGAUUCGUUGGCUUUGUUGGCUAGUCAAGUCAAGUCAUUGGCAUGCAUUACGCACUUAAUGUAAGGCAAUGGCUGUCCUGAAAAUGAUUGGAUGAGGUAUCGCUAGAUGCUAUUGGCAAGAAGUGUACUCCAAUGAGGUAUUUAUGCUCAUGCACUUGGUAAUCUAUGGUACUUCCUUUAUAAUUUUAACUUUGAAGAAUUUAAAUCUGUCAUUCUAUGUCCUAGCAUAUAAAAUAUUUUAACUAAUUUAAUUAUCUAGGUAAGAGUAUCUUUGUAAUCCAUUUUCAUACCCUUGAUUGGCCUUGAUGAUAGGGGAAAAAUAGAGUUUGUAUAAUGGAAUAUUGUAGAUGUUUGAUGCUAAACUUAUACUAUUAUUAUUAAA